AUGUGUCUGGCCAAAACUACCACUCAUCUGCUUUUUUAUUCCUUUGUGACACUAACAAUUUUUAUAUAUAACAACUUGAUUUUUUUCAGAUUUGGAGGAACAACGUUUUAUUCUUAUGUAGCUGCUCCAAUUGCAUUCAAGGUGCUUGAAAAGGAACAGUUUUCUGCGUUGCAGAACAAGAUCUUCCCGUACUUUUUCCAGAUGCAAGCUGCCUCACCUGUCAUCCUGGCUCUCACCGCUCCGAUUGCUCUAACUGCUGCGCCAUUAACCUCUUUGGUGGUGGCUUCUGUUAGUGGAUUAACUAAUCUAUUCUGGCUAUUACCCUGGACCCAUAGAGUCAAAGAACUUAGAAAAGAUGUCGCUAAAAAAUACACUGGCGAUGAAUUGGAAGCAAAGGACUCUGUACUACGCAAAGAAUUCGGCAAAUCUCACGGGUUGAGUCUUUUAUUUAACCUUUCAAACGUGUGCGGCAUGCUUGCAUACGGUGUCUGUUUGUCAAGGGGGUUAUUAAGAAAAAUUCCAAAAUAG